UCCCACUCCAACUCCUCACACACUCAAAACACACAAUCUAAACCUCAAAAGCUACCUCAGCUUUUGCUUCUCCUUUCUCUCCGAUUGUCUUGUCUUGUUUUUCUCUUCUCCCCGACCAGCAACAAUGUCUGCAAACGACCUUCUCAAGAUCUUCUUCUUCUUCGCCUGCUCCCUCCAGCUCUCCAUGGCUGCUAGGCAGCUGCUCGAAUCGGUCCAAGACCAGACCCAGCUCUUGCAAUACCACCACGGGCCCCUCCUCACCGGCAAAAUAUCCGUCAACCUCAUCUGGUACGGCAAGUUCAAGCCCUCCCAGAGGGCCAUCAUCUCCGACUUCGUCUCCUCCUUGUCAUCCGCCGCCUCCACUCACAAGUCUCAGGCCCAGACGUCCGUCGCCGCUUGGUGGAACCAGAUCGACAAGUACUACCGCCUCAGCGGCCACAAGAAGGGGUCGUCGCCGGCCGCCGCCCUCUCGCUCUCCCUCGGGACUCAGGUCCUGGACGAGACCUACUCCCUCGGUAAGUCCCUCACCGAUAAGGACAUCGCCAAGCUGGCCUCCAAGGGCCAGCAGAAGGACGCCAUCAAUGUCGUCCUGACCGCCUCCGAAGUUGCCGUCGACAAGUUCUGCAUGAGCCGGUGCGGGUCCCACGGCGCGGCGACCGGGACUGCCCGGGUCAGGAGAGGCGGUUACUCCAAGUUCGCGUACGUGUGGGUCGGGGACUCAACCCAACAGUGCCCGGGGCAAUGCGCGUGGCCCUUCCACCAGCCCAUCUACGGCCCGCAGAGCCCGCCAUUGGUUGCGCCGAACAACGACAUGGGCCUCGACGGGAUGGUCAUCAACCUCGCUAGCCUUCUCGCCGGGACGGUCACCAACCCGUUCAAGACCGGGUUCUUCCAGGGCCCGCGGGAUGCUCCGCUCGAAGUGGCCUCCGCCUGCCCAGGGAUCUACGCUAAGGGGGCGUACCCGGGGUAUGCCGGGGACCUGCUGGUCGACGCCACCACCGGAGCGAGCUACAACGCCAACGGCGUCAAUGGGCGGAAGUACCUGCUCCCGGCCCUCUACGACCCUUCUACGUCGAGCUGUUCCACUCUUGUGUGAUUGUCUUAUCGCACUACUCAGAAGGAGUAGAUUAAUGUUAGAUGGAUCGAUCGUAUAGGGAAAUAUGAAUUCAUUCAUUGUUUAUUUAAUUUUGUAUUCUCAUUAGUUAAUAUGAUGGAGAAAAUUAUUAGAUUCAAUUUCAA